CCGUCUGCGAAUUGGCAAUGGCUUUGGAAAUCUGUUGCAAGGCUGCCGCUGGUGCUCCCGAUAUUCUUGGAGACUGCCCUUUCUGCCAAAGGGUUCUUCUAGCUCUGGAGGAGAAGAAAAUUCCAUAUGAGGUGCGCUUGAUCAAUGUUAGCGACAAGCCUCAGUGGUUCUUGGAGGCGAACCCAGAAGGGAAAGUGCCGUUGAUCAAAUUCGAAGAUAAAUGGAUCCCCGACUCCGAUGUCAUCACCCAGCUUUUGGAGGAAAAAUUCCCCGACCCACCUCUCUCCCCUCCUCCGGAAUUUGCUUCAGUGGGAUCGAAAAUUUUCCCCUGUUUUUUCAAGUUUUUGAAGAGCAAGGAUCCCAGUGAUGGCUCCGAACAGGAAUUGCUGAACGCUCUGACUGACUUGGAGGAGCAUCUCAAAGCCCAUGGGCCGUAUAUUCAUGGGGAUAAAAUUACUGCUGUUGAUGUAAGCUUGGCACCUAAACUGUACCAUAUGGAGGUUGCUCUUGGUCAUUUCAAAGGGUGGAGUGUCCCGGAACAUUUCACUCAUGUUAGAAACUACAUGAAGUUGCUUUUCUCUCGGGAGUCAUUUGAGAAGACCAAGGCUGAAAAGGAACAUGUAGUUGCAGGAUGGGCACCCAAGGUUAAUGCAUGAAGAUUAAUUCCUUGUCUUUGAAUUUGUGGUAUCACUGAUAGUUUGGGACCGAAGGGAUGAGAGGUGUUUCACUUUUCUUAUCAAGUGUGUACCUAAGAUCUAUUAGCCAUAACUCCUGCUAUUAAUAGAAACAAUUAUCUACUUAUCCUUAAUUGCA